AUGGACAAAAAUUGUGAAAAAGUGUGUGCGUGGUUAAGUGAGGUUGAGGAUGAUUACGCGUUAUUUGAUUCCGAUGAUACCGAUGCCGAUUCUGACUUUUGUAUUGAAAAUGUGGAAAGUGAUAGUGAUGAAAGCACCGAUCAAACUACAUCAAAUGUACGUCGUCGAUCACCUUCUCUUUCAGCGAAAAUCCGUGCAAAUUAUCAAAAUAAGAAGGAUUUGCGUGAUACUACGAAAGCAGAAAUAGAUGCCCUUUUAGGAUUAUUGUACUUGGCUGGGUAUUUGCGUAGCAAUCAUUUGAACCUACACAAUUUGUGGUGUACUGACGGUUUUGCUCCUGAAUAUUUCCGGGCAAUCAUGUCAGAAAAACUUUUUUCCUUAUUACUUCGAGCUGUUAGAUUUGAUGAUAUUGAAACAAGGAACGUUAGAAGAGCAAUAGACAAGCUAGCACCUAUUCGUACAGUUUUCGAUGAUUUUGUUCGGCGAUGUAAAGCAAAUUAUACUGUAGGAGAGAAUUGCACUAUAGAUGAGAUGCUAGAAGGGUUUCGAGGGCGUUGCAGUUUUCGACAAUAUAUACCAAAUAAGCCAAAUAAAUACGGUAUCAAAAUUCAAGCACUCGUUUAUUCUCGUACAUUUUAUACGUCUAAUAUGGAGGUUUACGUAGGAACUCAGCCGGAUGGCCCUUUCAAAUGUGACAAUUCUCCGUCAAGUAUUGUAAAACGACUAAUAUCGCCGAUAUCAAAAACUGGCUGCAAUAUUACUAUGGACAAUUGGUACAAUUCAAUUCCAUUGGCUAAUGAGUUACUAAAAAAUCAUAAUCUUACCGUAAUGGGCACUUUGAGGAAAAACAAAAGGGAAAUUCCUCCGGUUUUUUUAGAAACUAAAAAAAGAGAGGUAAAUUCGACUGUUUGGAUAUGGAAAAGACCUUUUACUUACAACUUAUACUCCAAACAAAAAUAA